AUGACACAGGACAACAACAACGACGACUCGACCAUCCAUGUCUAUUCCUCCGCCUUGGAAAUGGCCGCGGCCAUUCGAACCGGAACUAUUACCAGCCGUGAGUUAGUGGAACAGCACAUUGCUCGCAUCGAACGAUUGGAUCAUUGGAAGAUCAAUGCCGUGGUGCUUCGCGACUUUGAUGCCGCCCGAGCCCAAGCUGAUAAAGCGGAUGAAAUGGUACGAAAUGGAGAAUCGCUAUUAUUAGGUCCCUUUCAUGGAGUCCCCUUGACGUUGAAGGAAUCCAUCUUUACUCCCAACUUUAAAACCACCAUGGGAGAUCCCAAAUUCUGGGUUCCUCCUGGCGCCCACUCGGAAACGGCACGUCUCAUGAUGGAAGACGGAGGAGCCAUUCUCAUGGGCAAGACCAACUUGUGUAAAAAUGCCCUCGAUUGGGAGAGCAAUAAUCCCAUUUACGGAGCCACGUCCAAUCCCUUUGAUACCACCAAGUCUCCCGGUGGAUCUUCGGGAGGAGCCGCGGCGGCCUUGGCGGCAGGAUUCACACCUCUCGAAGUAGGAACCGAUUUGGGAGGAAGUGUUCGCAUACCGGCUGCCAUGAAUGGCGUGGUGGGCCACUGUGCCACGCGAGGCAUUGUUCCCGCUCCCAAUCCAGUCUUUCGUUGGCCCUGUUGUGGUGGAUUC